CCGUCCGUGUUAUCACAUCGCCGGCCUCGGAAGAGAAAGCGGUUCCGCCGACGGAGGUGGUCUCGAGGGAGCACGUUUCUGGCGCUAAGUUAUCAACGCGGUAAUUUUCCAGGUACGGAAGAAAAAACAAAAACAGCAAAAGUCCCGUAUUCGUCUUGCCUCUCCAUCUUCGCAAGACAUCAUCCGCGAGGCAGAGGAUGUUCUCGCCACUGCACAGCGCCGCCCAGGCCGGCCGACCGGACUUUCUGCUCCGCUCCCUGCAGACAGGCGCCGAUCCCAAUCUACAGGACGCAGAUGGCGAGAGUCCUUUGCACAAGGCGGCCCGAGCUGGCAACAUUGAAUGCCUGCAGAUGCUGCUCACUGCAGGCGGAAAUCCAAGGCUCUGCAACCGCUGGGGCCAGACGUCCGGCCAGCUGGCCCUGUGCCUGGGCCAGCUGUCUGCUGCCACCCUGCUCAACUCAGCCCACCAGCUCGGGGUCGAACCACCCCAGGCCCACAGGGCGCCCAUCCUCUCGAGCCGCAAGAGGUGCCACGCCGGAUUCCGCUGCGCCCAGGAGGCCAAGAGGUGCCGCAUUGCCGACGAUGAGGCCAUGAGCGAGGACUGCCUUCUGGACUGCAAGCCCGUGCCUCUGCUCCACGGCGAGGAGACGCUGCUCCACCGGGUGGAGCAGGGCUACAACCGAGUCUUCAUCGAGAGCUGGCUCAGCGAGGUGCACGGCUGCUGAAGGAUUCAGCGGAGGUGCAGGGUCGCUGAAGAAUUCAGCGGUGGUGCAUGGCUGCUGUUGGCGCACACUUUGUACAUAAUGACUACGGGGCGGUCUUACAAAUCAAAUAAAUGUUGCUGUUAUCUAUUGGUUACGUUAUA